AUGGAUCUUAAUCCAUUCCCUCCACCUGCAAGAGGCAGAAGAGGCGGAAUGGGUAAUAACCUUUUUGCCAACAAUGACAGGAACAGGUUGGGGGUAAACUGGAGGAAUAAUCCAGAUCUAGAAGAACAGGAAGAACACAGGGAGGAAGUUCUGCCCAGGCCAUACAGAGCAUACAGAGCGGAGCCCAGGAUUGAUCAUGCCCAGCCAGAACAGGGGCGAAAUCACCACCCUGUCAAUGCUCUGAAUGACGUGAGGGCAUUACAAAGGAUGAUCAGAGAGAUGAUGGAGCCUGAAGCCAGAAGAGGAGAAAGGCCCACCUAUAGGAAGCCAUAUCCGGCUUAUGUCGAUCAAAUACCUCUAUCCUCGGGUUUUAAGGUGCCAAACUUCACCUUAUUCAACGGAGAGAAUCCCCAUGCUUCAUCAGUUGAGCACAUAGGCAGGUUCUCUAUCCAGUGCAUAGCCAUAGAGAACAAUCCUCUUUUGAAAUUGAGGCUUUUUGGGAAUUCUCUCUCUAGACAAGCUUUUACUUGGUACACCAACCUGCCAGCUAAUUCUAUUCAAACCUGGGAGCAGAUGGAAAGUCCAGAAGUCACCAUCAGUGACCUUGCUGCCCUCAAGCAGAGUGAAGAUGAACCUGCUCAAGACUUUAUAACUAGGUUCAGGAAGCUCAAAAUGAAGUGCCGAAUCCCUAUGGAAGAAAGACACUUCAUCCAAAUGGCUCAGGCUGCCCUCAAGAUCUCUUUGAGAAAAAGAUUUGAUGGGAUGCUGUUUGGAGACCUGGCAGAACUGACAGAUAAAGCAUCCAAGUAUGAGGAACUGCUUAAGGAAGAACAGCAGAAGAGGAACUCAUCCAAAGGCACGUAUUACAAGUCACCUUCCUCUUCAAUACAUCUGGUUCAGGUAGAAUCAGAAGAGGAAGCAGAAUGCUCAGAGGAUGGAGAAGUUGUAGUAACAGAAAUGGCAAAAUUGAAACAUCUCAUCAGCUGCAAGGUCCUUACUAAGCCACCAAAGGAUCAGAAGCCACCACCUUUCACAGGAGGGUUUGUUCCGAGCAAACCAACACAGAACAAGGUUUAUUCCUUUGAUCUAACCAAGGUGGAUGCUUUAUUUGAUGAAAUGUUGCUGCAAAAGGCAAUAGAGACACCCCACAGGAUGCCCAAGCCAGAAGAGCUUAAGGGCAGGCAGUAUUGCAGGUGGCACAACUCUUGGAACCAUUCUACCAAUAGUUGUGUAGUUUUCAGAGAUGUUAUAUAG